GAAUCUGUGCCACCACGAAGCCAUCACCAAGCCCACCAGCCCUAUCUUCGAGCGCCGUGGCCGGCACAUCGCGACCGGACUUCUAGCAAAGAAUUUAUAGCGGCGCCGACAUCUUGAACGCUUUGAAGUCGGAGGUUGCAGGCCAGGUGCUUGCAACCACCCCUCCCACGCGCAAUGGGCCGAAAGCCCAACCCCCUCAUCCUCGAGUAUUUCGUCCGUGGCCCGAAGCUCAAUGACAACAGCAACCGUUAUCCGCACACGUGCAAGCAAUGCGGCGAGAACUUCCCCAAGGGCCGCAUCGACAGUUUGACGACUCACAUCACCAAAAAAUGUCCGGCCAUCUCCGAGUCGGACCGAAUGCGUGCGUGUCUUGAACUACAUGGCAUCACCAGCACGAGGGCGGCUCCUGACCGACCCCCGCCCGAUGCGCAGGCGAACGGACAAGCUACGGAUAUCCCCAAUCUGCCUCAGGGAUGGAGCGCGCUCGAGACUCUCGCCGAAGCCUCACGGCAAGUUGAUUUGAAUGAAAACAAUCGCAGCCAGAGUGUCCAGGGUGGGCAUGACCCCGCCGACCCCGCCAACGGCCAGCAUGUUGGUGACCGCUUCGAACUUCAGGAGCAAUUCACCCUCGACAAUCCUCCUGUGAGCUAUGAGAACCGGGUUCAGCAGAACAAUAGAGGUGUUGUGCCAACCACGCUUCCCGGACCCGAACUCUCAGCUGAGGAGCGACUUCAGGCCUUCCUACCUGGGAACGAAUCCUCCCCAGAUGUCUCUAACAUUUCCGUUGCGGUUGCAGCCGCGGCUCGACUGAACCCGUCCCUUCUCGAUCCUCAGCUCGUCAGCGACAACCCAUCUUCGACCCCUCCUCCGACCGUUGACAUCUCACCUCCUGCGGAAGACUCUCCGGGUGCUACGACGGCUCCAGACGCUAAUAUCUCUCAGCCGUGGGGCGAGAUGACGUACCUAACCGCUGCUUCCCCGGUUCCUAUGGUCAACGAGCAUCCGCCCGUGCCAAUUCAGAUGAACCGCGGUGGUAUCCGUAUGGACACUGGUGAUGGACCCUUCAGUGGGCGGCCCCGUCAUUCCCGAUCCCGGUUUACGGCUGCCCGGCGCAAGGAGGUACAGGAGGUCCGAAAGAUUGGCGCUUGCAUCAGGUGCAGAAUCCUCCGGAAGAAUUGCGGGAAGGGAACUCCUUGUGAUACUUGCCGAAAGGUUCUGGCUCCGCGUGUUUGGAGAACUGGUUGUGUUCGCACUAGGUUGCAUGAACAGCUUGACCUCUACUCGGCUGGGGUCCAGGUGGUCCUGUCUCAAAAUCGAAUCAACCUCCUGAAGAGCCAGCUUCAAUUGGUAAACAAUGGCUACGUGAUCGAGGUCUCGCACUUUCCUGAGACAGGGAAAGCCAUUGUCCUUGAGGCGCUAGUUGCUUUGCUCGAACCGAGUGAGGCCCAGGCCGCCACUAGGCAGAGCAAGGACCCCUUUCACCGGGUCAUCAUGAUUGACCAGGACACGGAGGAUAUCCCCGGCAAAGUCGAAACAUACAUGCGUGAUGUCUUUCAGCACUUCAUCGAGCGCGAGCCCUCAAGGUUUAUGAGAGUCACUCUUGAGAUCGCGCUUCAACAACUUGCAGAAGGAGAAGACGACUUGCUCCGUAAGGCACUGGAGCUCUGGGGUUUGGUAGAGAGUAUCGACCUCGAGAGACAGUGGAAUAUAAUGGAGAAAUCUAGCACUGAAGGAGAGGAGCCCAGGCGAAUCAAGGAGGCUCAGAGCGAAAAUGAUAUUGACAUCUACACAAUGAUUUGCAUGCAACUCAACGCUGCGGCCGAAAGAAAGGCCAAUAAUACGUCGAAGAGCCUCCUGAGCGGCAUGCAUCGGGUGCUCCAGGACAGCAAAGUCAAGAUUAGCUUCAAGGUCUUCCUCACGGCCGUCAUUUUUCUCAAUUGUGUCGAGAAAUCUACUUGGGCCUUCAAGGCCUGGGAACAGGAUCAUCUUCGUCCAGGCUGGCCCUUGGAAAGAGACCCCAGCGUUUUCACCCAGCAAGGCGGCAAUCUGGCAGGUUUGUUGAAGAUGCUUCUUGCUAUUCGCAAGGCUCUGCCUCAAACCAUGCGCGACGAGGCCGGGAAGUUGGUCACUUCAGAACAAGAUCCGGUUGUGGUUAACUAUUUUCAGAGCUUGGAUCUCGAUUACAACACAAUUCAGGCCCGUCAAGAAGGGUCCCAGUUCUCCCCCGCAGACUCCCGCUCCCUCGAGCUCACUUUCUGCUCCCAUCUCCUCCUCCCAAAUUCUCCUACUUAGAUAUACCCUCCACUUUGCUGCGCUCACUCGACAGGCCCCGUCAGCUUCGUUGCGCUUGAAGGAGAAAAAUGACAAACGACAGACGGAGAGUCAAGCGCGCGUUGUUGACGAUGGCAGUGGAGUAGUACCCUUUCGACCACCUUAAUGGCUAAUGACUGGACGGAAACAACACGAAUUGAUACCUUUACGACGACAUGUACGACUAGGCGUUUUGAGGCAACUAGCCCAGCCGACUCGAUGAGAGAAAAUUAUGAUGAAAAGAAACCAAAAGUAAUGGAUGGUUGUUCACCUGGCGUUGCGGAAUCUAUACACGUAGAGGAUGAGACACCUCAGGGUCUUUACACACAAAAAGGGGGGGAUGGCUUCUGGC